AUGGAGGGAGUAAGUAAGGACGACAUCCUCCGAUGGUGUAAGGAGAAGGAGAUAGAUGCCGAAAGUAGUUUUGGAUUAAGUGGGAAUUUGACUGGCGUUAGUGAUGAGGCUAUUAUUAAUGCUGUAAAGUUCCUUUAUGGAGUAAGUGAGCCUUGUCUUGUGGAUAAAUGGAAGGGGGCAAGUGGUACUAUAACCGCAGUACUGAUCACCAACAAGAACCCUUUAGACAAGACGUUGCUUCCAAGCAUGGUGGUGGUUGCUGGAGUUCCGGGUUGGAAAAUACACCUAGUGUGGCCAGAGUGGAAAGACAGUGGGGAAGAAGUGGAUACUCCGGGUGAAGAGCAUGGGACCGGGAAACCACAUACCCAAUGUACUGGACGCGAGGUGCAUCCCAAUGGUGAUGAUACAGAGACCCCCACUGGUCAGGAGGAAGCUAUUGGAAAUCAGGUGGAAACGGUAGUUGGAAAGAUGGUUAGCCAUUUAGAAAGGUGGCACUUCGAAGGUGGAUAUCGUCGCCUUCAAAUCUUCUCAGGGAUCACCCCGGUACCCACUGGAGAAGAGACUUAUGAUCUGUGGCGGGAGGCAGCUACACAACAUUCGGAAGAAUGGCAAUGCCCGGAACAUAUUAAACGGCAGAGAGUGGUUGAAAGCCUCAGGGGGCCAGCUAUAGGUGUAAUUCAAGCUACUCGGAGGAGCAACCCUAAUGCCACCCUGAAAGAAUAUGUGGAGGCAUUGGAUUUCUCUUUUGGCACGUUAGAAGAUGUCGGGGAUCUCCUGGCUCGACUUAACCACACAUAUCAGGAACUAGGGGAAACGUUGACCCAUUAUAUAUAUAGGGUAGAUAGAUUAAUCUAUAAGAUCGUGGACAAAGGGGGCAUUGCAAAGGAUGCAGUAGAUAGCAGGAGACUAACUCAAGUGUUAAAAGGGGCGUUAACUAACAGCCCGGUGGUGCAACCACUAAGAUGUACCAUGGCUGCUGCUCGGCCCCCUACUUUGAAUGAAUUAGUUAGAGAAGUGAAACUGGAGGAAGUGCAAAUUGAGGACCAGGAGAAAACAAUUAAAAAAGUCAAAGUGGUGGUACCGGCUAGUGUGCAACCGUCUAUGGAUGAAAGGCUGUUGAAGCUAAUAGAAGAGCAAAAUAAAAAAAUUGAACAACAUAUAGCACUUCAGUCUAAUACUCCUUAUAGCCACACGUCGAAUCCUGGGUUUCCGGCGGGGAAUAAGUUCAAGGCGGGAGAACAGAUCUCCUGUAGUUUGUUAUAG